AUGGUCUUGUUGGUUGGCUUGACUGGAAACGCUCUUGUAAUCGCCUUGGUGUACAAGCGGAAAGACUUAAGAAAGACCAUAAAUCAGCUUAUCGCCAACAUGGCAUUUUCUGACUUUGUCUUUCAGUUAACAUCCAUUCCAGUUGAGUUGGCAAAAGCAGUGUAUGGUCAGUGGCCGAUCGCUGAACCGGCCGGAUCAAUCGUCUGCAAGAUUCAGAGUUUUGUUAUUUCUACCUCUGUCCAUGUUUCUGUACAAAGCUUAACUUGGAUUGCAUUGGACCGGUUUAUAGCGGUAGUCUUUCCAAUGAAAGUCCAUCUGAUUUCCUCCAGAUUUCGCGUUUUGGCCAUUGCUUCCUCAUGGAUCGUUGCCGUGUUGUGCGGGUCCGCAUUUUCUAUUGAUUCUAAAGUCGUGCACAAAAAUGGUGCACUUGACUGCACAGAGGAAACAACUACAAUUUCUCAAUAUGCUGUAGCCGCCUGUUCCUUUGCGUCUUUGAUUUCCAUAACAAUUUUAUACUGUACUAUAGUGGUAACUCUACGAAGGAAAAAUAAAGCGCUUCCCACUGCACCUGUGAAUGGAAACGUUCAGAGAAAACGGCAAGCCAUGAAAAUGUCCAUUUGCGUCGUGGCAGCUUUUUAUUUAUGUUUUAUCCCUGUCAUUAUUAUUCCCUUGCUGUUAGGAAAGGCACUGGAAAGAUCAUGUUUGUUACUCAGAGUACUAUGGCCACUACCUGGCGUGAUGAUCAACCUUUCAGGCACGGCAAAUCCAAUAAUCUGUUUCGUCUUUGUCGAAAACUACCGGCGUGGCCUGAAA